AUGCGGGGGGCGGCCCUCCUGCUGGUCGCGGCGGCGGUCGCCGCCGUCGAGGAGCCGUCCCGCGGCCUGCAGGCCUUGGACGGUUCCGAGAAGACGAGCGACUACGGGAGCCGCCAGGAGCGCAUCCGGCAUACCGUCGACGAGCUUACGGAUCUGCUGGACACGCCCUGGACGCCCAUCAGCAUGGUCACGGAGGCGUUCAAGACGGGCCUCAUCCUCGACAUCGAGAACGACGUCGAGCUCGCGUCGCUGCUGCUCUUCACGGUCAUCCGCGCGCUCCGCGCGAAGGCCUUCGACAUGAUCUACGUCGGCACGGGCAGUGACGGCGCGUUCAUCGGCUACUACAACGAGGGCGCCUACGCCGGGUCCGACGGCUUCGUCUACACGCUGCUGAACGGCUGGGACUGCCCCUGGAACUACACGAAGGCCUGCGGCGCGGCGGACGAGCCCUGCCGCGCCGGCUACGUCGGCGCGAACCCGGCGUGCCGCGUGUUCUUCGACGUCGACGACGCCAACGGCGCGCCGACCUGCACCGCCAACAGCACGGGCAACUGGGGGCGCAUGAGCCCGCCCGCGCGGCGACUGCAGAAGGGGUCCGGCGGCAACGGCACGCGGAGCGGCAACGGCACGUUCGACGGGCCGCGGCGGAACGGCAGCUUCGCGGCGUCCCAGCCCCUCGCGCCGUCGGCGUCCGCGGCGCGCGAGGCGGAGCUCUCGGACGCCUGCGACGGCAAGUGGCUCGACCUCACGGUCUACGACCCGCGCAUGCGGCCCUGGUUCAACGAGAUGGUCUCCGCCCGCCGCGAGACGAUGUGGAGCAGCUUCUACCCCUACGCGAGCGGGGACCGCGUCGGCAUCAGCGCCAUGAAGAAGUUCGAGAUGGGCGGCCAGCGCGAGAGGGAGCAGGCCGUCGUCGCCAUCGACUUCCAGCUCGAGACGCUCGACGCCGUCCUCGUCGGCAACUACCCGAACCGGCAGCUCGGCCUGGCCUACCUGACGGACGCGCGCGGCGGCUCCCUCGUCGCCACGUCCGUCGGCGUCCCGUCGGCGGCGACGGGCGACGAGGUCCUCGCCGUCGACUCGGAGCACGCGCUCAUCGCGAAGACCGCGGAGCACCAUCAAACGCAUACCGGCGCCGAGACGCUCGUCGAGGUGACCCACGGCGGCGUCAAGAAGCUGGUCCUCGUCGGAUCGUCGCCCCUCGCCAACGCCUACGGCCUCGAGUGGAAUUUGACGGUGGUCUCGACCGUCGUCUGCGGCUCCGGCGAGGGCUUCUCGCGCGACGCGUUCGAGUGCGAGGCGUGCGUCGCGCCGACGACGUCGUCGCCCGGGAGCUACAUCUGCGACGAGUGCGUCGAGGGCUACUACCUCGGCGGCGGCGCCUGCCGCCACUGCCCGGACGGCGGCGCCUGCCCCGGCGGCCGCGCGCAGCCCCACCCGAAGCGCGGCUUCUGGGGCGACCACGACCACCCGACGGAGUUCUGGGAGUGCGAGCAGGGGGCCUGCGAGGGCGGCGAGGACUUUUCGUGCAACGCGGGCUACCACGGCCGCGUCUGCAACCGCAUGGACGACGACCGCUACCGCGUCGCGGAGAUCCAGCUCGCGUGCCCGGACGGCGCGGCCGCGCGCUGGGCGCUCAUGGGCGCGUGCUGCCUCGUCGUCUUCCUCCUCUGGUACUUCAUCAACAACUUCAUCUGCGAGAAGUACGACGCCAUGGACAUGCUGCUGCUGACGCUCCAGCAGUGCGCGAUCAUCUACGAGUUCGACGUGCCCUGGGCCGCGCAGCUCUCGUACCUCAAGGUCGUGCUCGAGAUCGCGCUCUUCGACGUCGACCUCGUGCAGCCCAACUGCGUCUUCCGGGGCUGGGGCUUCUCCUACUCGUUCUACCUCCAGUGCGCCCUGCCGGGCGUCUUCGCCGUCGUCUUCUUCGUGCCCAUCGGCGUCCGCGCGCUGCGCCGCGUCGCCGACGGCACGGUCCGGACGCGGCGCGACUUCGCGCGGCUCUUCGACCACUACGACGGCGACCUCGGCGCGGCGACGUCCCACGCCAUCAAGACCUUCUUCAUCACCCUCGACGUCUGCCACACGACGAUCACCUUCAAGAGCCUCCAGGUCUGGCGCUGCGACGAGUACGCGAACGGCGAGUCGUUCCUCCGCGACUCGCCGGACGUGCGCUGCCACACGCGCGCGCACUUCGCCAUGCGCGUGCUCGCCGCCGUGUGCAUCGCGGGCGUCGUCGUCGGCUGGCCCCUCUUCUCCGGCUUCAUUUUACGAUAUUACAAGCGCACCUACGACGGGCUCCACGUGCCGCACGUGCUCGAGCGCUACGGGUUCCUCUACGACCGCUACGCGACGCACUAUUUAUGGGACGCCUGGCUCUGCCUGCGGGUCGUGCUCCUCGCGCUCGUCGCCGUCUUCGUGGACUCGGGGCCGCUCCAGCUCGCCUUCGCCGUGCUGCUGCUGGCGCUGUGCAUCGGCAUCCAGGAGUACUUCCGGCCGUUCGUCUACGCGUUCGUCAACAACAUGGAGACGGGCUUCCUGGGCCUCACGCUGUGCUUCACGGUCUUCGGGAUCCUAUUCUCGACGAUGGGCGGCUCGCACCGCCACACGCUCGCGCCGUUCCUCGUCGCGCUCUUCGUCGUCGCGUUCGCCGUGUCCAUCUACUGCAACUACGUCGAGGUCCGCGCGCGCCUCGACGGCAUCGAGGCCGCGAUCCUGAUCCACCGCAAGCUCCUCGCCAUCGAGGGCGGCUCCGAGUCGAACUUCCUCCUCCACGCCCUCGGCGACGGCGUCCAGGUCAUCAAGGGCGCCGCGGGCGCGGUCAAGGGCGCGACGGGCAAGGGCGUGAGCGCGUUCAAGACCGUGGGCGAGGCGACGGCGCGGGGCGCGCGCGUGGGCCUGAGCCGCAUGGGGUCCAUCCAGGGGGCGCGGGGCUUCCGGACGCAGUCGCCCAAGGCCGCGCCGGGCUCCGCGCCGCCGCCGCCGCCCGCGGAGCCGCUCGAACCGGCGGCGGCGCCGCCGCCGGACGCGCCGACGCACGACGCCGCGACGGAGCGCACGUCCAUCGUCGUCGCCGACCUGAGCGACGACGACGCGCCGCCGGGCGCCGUCGUCACGAAGCGCACGUCCAUCGUCGUCGCCGACCUGAGCGACGACGACGCGCCGCCGGGCGCCGUCGUCACGAAGCGCACGUCCGUCGUGAUCACGGAUCUCGACGACGACGACGACGCGAGCGACGACGGCGGCGUCGUCACGAAGCGCCUCUCCAUCGUCGUCGACGACGGCGGGCCGGGCGUCACGCGGCGCACGUCCAUCGUCGUCGACGACGGCGGCGACGACGCCGUCGUUCCCGCGUGCCUGGACCUCGGCUGCCCCGGCGCCGACCCGCCGGCCGCCGUCGCCGACGACGAAAGCGACGAGGGGGAGACCUACGCGGCGGCGUCGCGCCUCGACACGCACGACACGCCCACGACCAUGGAGCCCGAGCGCCGCGAGGCCGCGCCGCCGCCGCCGCCGCCGCCGCCGCCGGCCGUCCCGGACACGCCGAGCGAGCGGCACCGGCGCCACCUCCAGCGCCAGCGGCGCGCGAGCCUCGACGCGCACAGCGCCGUGCAGUCGUCGGUCCCCAUCCCCGCCCACGACCGCAAGGCGGCGCUCCAGGAGGCGUCGCGGACCUUCGAGGGCACGCUCUGGCUCGAGUGGGCGCGGCACGCGUCCGACGACGACCUGGUCCGCUGCGGCCGGCUCGUCACGAAGCUGGACCCCUACGUCUGCGACGCCGCGCCGACGUCCGUCUUCGCCGGCGACGACCGGUCCAACUUCUGGCGCGACAUGGUCGAGCACUACCCGCCGAUCAUCGACUUCUCGCGCCACCUGGACCACGCGGCGCGCCUCGAGUUCUUCUCCCACCUCGUGACCUUCCAGCGCUUCAUGUCGAACUCGACGUCGAAGCGCUACGCGUCCAUCGUCGACCAGGACCGGAGCUCGAUCCUCUACUUCAUCCUGACGGAGUCGGAGGCGAACGUCGACAGCCUCGUGGCCCUGCUCGACGGCCUCGAGCACCACCGCUCGCGCCUCGCGCGCGGCGCGCAGCCGCCGGACGAGCCGGCGAACCUGCGGGCCGCGCGGUCCAUCAAGCGCCUCGCCCAGGACAAGUCCGCGCGGCGCCUCGCGGACUCGAAGCACGACCCGCGCGUCGCGCUCACGGGCCGCUUCAACGACCUCGAGGACGCGGUGCUGCGCGUCGAGAAGGUCCGCCGCGAGAGCUUCGCCUUCGACGCGGGCACGUUCCUCGCGGCGCCGGACGACGACCCACAUUAG